AUGACGGAGACGCGAAGAUUACAAUUACAUUUAGGGAAAUGUAUAGAGGAUUUGGACAAAUUAUACAAUGUACCUGACUUGAAAUCUAAAAGAGCAACGAUGUUAUGCAAAACAGCUCAAAAACUCUUCGAGUCUGCAGAGGAGGCUCGUGAGAAGGGUGACGAAGAGUAUUCCUAUGUCCAGUACAUGAAAUACUUACGUGUCAUUGCUUACAUAAGCAAAGACAAAGACUACUUGAAGGACAAAACAUACUUCAACAGUAUGCUCGGUUCUAAAAACCCCAACAAGGCAAUGGAUGCUGCUGAGAAAUUAAAGAAUAGUUUAAUAAUAAGAUAUGAGAAAGAACAGCAAGCAAAUCGUCUGAACGACAUUCAAGAGAACGAGCUGAUCAAACAGAAGAUGGAAGAUAACCGUAAGAAGGCUAUCGAGGCUAUGGUGGUGACAGAACCUAUACAUCAGGGACUGCCAGGUCCUGAUGAAGUGUCGAUAAAAUCUGAACAAUUAUAUGUUCUGUUGAAGAGCAGUAAGCUUAAAGUGAUGAUUCUCGAUGCUCGGCCGAGUCAACAUUACCAGGAGUCACAUAUCAAUCAUCCGGUGUGCAUCAAUGUUCCUGAAGAAUGUAUUUCACCUGGUCAGUCGGCCAAUAUGUUGGAACAGAAGUUGCCGCAGGCUUCCAGGUGUGUGUGGGCCGAGCGAGCCUCAAUGGAACUGAUUGUGAUGAUGGACUGGAACAGCAUCACAGUUAUACCGGGACAGAAACUACAUCUGCUCAAGACCAUACUAUUAAAGUGGGACGUGAAGGUCCACUACUCCCGUCAGCCGGUGUGGCUGGUCGGUGGCUAUGAAGACUGGCUCCUCAAGUACCCGGCCUUCACAACCAACCCCCGGGCCGUCCCCCCCACCACCAACGACGUCGACGACAUGCUGGAUGAGAUUGAGUAUCCGACCUGGUCCGACCUAAGUCCUCCUCCGCUGACUGUUAACAGAUCCGCCAAGCCUUCAGAGCCUCUCGUAGACAGAAGUAGUAAGCUGGCAGCUGUCCAGCUGUACGAGGAGCGCGCGCGCGGCGUCCAGAACAUUCUGGAGCAGCAGGAGAGGAUCGCGGACACCUCGCUCACACUGGAGAUGCAGCGCUUGGAGGCUGAACAGGAUUGGGAGAAAGUUAGAUCUCAGAGGGAGGGCGAGCAGAGAGACGAGAUGAGGGCCAUGUACAAGCUGAGGGAACAGGAGAUUAUAUCACAACUGAUGCAGCUCGAGAACAAACAGUAUGAUAUGGAACAAGAGAAUCUCUCUCUCCGCGAACAGCUGGAGGAGUAUCAGAGGAGGGAGAGGGAGGAGGCGGAGAGACUGGAGGGGGGGGAGGACGAACAAAACGACGGAGAGGCUAUAGCGGAGCGCGCUCGACAGGCCGUAAGGGAUGUAGCUGCCAAAAGGGCCCGGAUUGCGGCUGUUACAGCGCAAAAAGAACGAUUAGACAGACGGAGAGAAGUUUUGGAGAUGGAAAGAAAGAAGAAACUUGCGGAGGCGCGCGCAGCGAGGAAACCCGGCGACAAAGAGGAAGACGAGACUCGUCCGGAUAGUCCUUCUUUGCCGCGGUCACAGUCUUCGCCGAACAUAGCCAAGGUGUCGUCUGAUGAGGAGGAGGUGACUAGCCCCGUAUUUGACCGCAGCACUAAGCCGGCUAAAGUGGCUCCCUCUAGCGAAAUGCAUCACAGAGACUUCCAACCAGUAUGGGGAGAUGUGGGCCGCGGGCUGACCGGUCUCAAGAACUUGGGCAACACUUGCUACAUGAACUCCAUCAUCCAGUGUCUCAAUAAUACGGCCAUCCUUGUCACUUACUUCUGUAAUGGACAGUAUCUCGAACACGUCAACAGGUCUCACAGCACCAGAGGCGCGAUCGCUGAAGAGUUAGCGGCAGUAGUACGGGCGUUGUGGUCGGGACAAUACAGGUUUAUAGCGGCUAAGGAUUUGAGGAGCGAGGUGGGUAAACACCAGCGUUCUUUCCGCGGCAACGAACAGCAGGACUCACACGAAUUCCUCACCAUCUUGAUGGACUGGCUUCACCUCGACCUACAAUUCACCAUCAAACCACCACACAAGGAGACCCUGGGGGCGUCUGAGCGCGCCUGGCACGAAUACACCAAGUCUAAAGAGAGUCUCGUGCUACGUCUGUUCUACGGUCAGAUACGUUCCACGGUCCGGUGUACAGUGUGCCGCGCAAGUUCACCCACAUACGACUCCUUCUCCAAUCUAUCGCUGGAACUGCCGCCGGCCGCUGCUCGGUGUACGCUCGCGGAUUGUCUGAAGCUUUACUUAAACGGUGAGACGAUACCAGGAUGGAACUGUCCCAACUGUAAGGAGAAGAGAGACGCCGUCAAGAAACUCGACAUCUCACGCCUCCCGCCCGUAUUGGUUAUACACUUCAAAAGGUUCUACGUGGACCCUAAAGAAUAUAUGUGCAAUGCGUACCGGAAGAAACAGACAUACAUAGAUUUCCCCCUAGAAGACCUUGACAUGAGGCAGUUCUCACUCCACUGUCCCGGGAACCCGAUAUAUAACUUGUACGCUGUGUCCAAUCACUACGGAACCAUGGAGGGCGGGCACUAUACGGCAUACUGUAAAAGUAGCGUUUAUGGCAAAUGGUACAAAUUCGACGACCACCUCGUGUCGGAAAUGUCUUCAGGCGAGGUCCGUUCCUCAGCAGCCUACAUCCUGUUCUAUUCAGCGUGCAAGCCUUCCUGA